UAAUGCGCCAGUAUAUACGUUAUAUAUUCACGUUUAUUGCGAAAGCAUCGUGAAACUUUCGCAAGUUGCUAUAAAGUUUUCUCUAAAAAGUUAUUUCUAACAAUUGUAUGAACGGUAUAUGUAGGUCUGUUGUUUGCAUUGCUCAACUGCCGAGUCUGCGGCGCACUACUUAUUCUAUACUUAAAAUGAAAUAAAAAGCCCAUAAUUAGAUAUUAGAAAGAAAGAGGAUAAAUAAAGAUGAAGACUUGAAAGAUGAGAUAGGGAUUAAUUCCCAUUUUGGGAAUUAUUUAUUGCACUCACUUUUUGCUGAUUCUAGGACACCCUGUAUGUUGCAAAUUGAAAGAGAAACUUGGAAGAGAGAGGGAGGAGAGAGAGAGAGAAAGAGAGAGAGAGAGAGAGAGACGGAGAGGGAAACAGCGAAAGUGCAGCCGAAAUGAAAGAGAGGCUCGCAGCUCCCGCACUUCCCGCACGCGCGACCGGCGCGACUGCGACAGUAAGUAAGACAGUUGACGGCGGCCAUCAGCGGUUAUGGACUGACCAUCGGCUCGUUCUCGCGGUGCUGCGGGCGGCUCGUUUGUUUUUCUUUUUCCGUUCCCCUUUAUUUUAAGUUGCCUCCGCGGGAGAGGGUGUCUCCGGUUUCGGCGUUUCGCCCUGCCGGAUUACCCGGAGUUCUCGUGCACGUUGAUCGUCGACGCGCAUCCGCGACGCGCGAUAUGGCAGCGUUCGAUCUCGCAUACUCGCCGUUGCUGCGGCUGCUGUUGGUGAUCACGCUGUUCGUUGCGGCGCUAAACUCGUCUGUCAACGCCGCGGCAGCUGGCACGUCCUCGGUAUCGUCGACGCCCGGUCGCGGUUCUCCGAUCGAACCGCCCGCGCCGUCGUUGACAGUCGAGCCUCCUGAUGCAACGGGUGUCAAGAAAGCGUUGCGAUAUUCAACUAUGGGGGAAGGAGGACCCUUACUAAUGUCAGUAUCUCAACAUGAAGUUACAACAGAAUCCAAUAAGCCUGGCGAAAUCAGAGCAAAGGAGGAUGCGCCUAAGAGAUAUACCGGUUCUUCUUCUGUAGUCGCGAGGAAGGGAGUUCAGGAUAAAAUAAAACCGAGGAAGGGAGUUGAGAAUAUUACACCGAAAAGUAUAGAUCAGAAUAUGGAUCCAGAGAAGGAAAAUAUAUUAUUUAAUCGGACCACUUUGGAAAAUAUGAAACCCAUAACGGGAAGUAGUCCUGCAAUAGAAACAGCUCAUAUCAAAUCCGUGACUUCCAGCAUUAACACCCCGAAAUUAAAUGCCACUAAUCCACGCUCCGACGACAACUUAAAUCGUAGUGUAAACUUCAGCUACUCCAACGCAAGUCCGAUGCCGGCAAAUGGAACCACAUCUCAUCCAAAUAUUAUGAAUAAUACGAUAACGAAAGCAUCCUCGCAUAUACCGAAGCCUAAACCAACGGUAACGACUGUUGACGGGCCAGAAAUUAAUGAAUCUAUACCGCUCUCACGAACAAAGAAUCCUCCACUAGGCAUGCCAAGGAAAAUCGACUACAUUGUGCCGGUCAUUAUAACAAUCGUCGCUUUACCGAUAUUGGGCGCUGUGAUUUUCGUACUGUACAGGCGUGGUCGAGAUUGUUGGGAUAAGAGGCACUAUCGAAGGAUGGAUUUUCUGAUCGAUGGAAUGUACAAUGACUGAGAGACCGUAUGAGAAAAAGUCUGUUCCAUGAGAUUAAAUAGACGUUGUGUAAGAAGUAGUCAAUCAUCAAUUUUCGCGUUCUUCCAUAUUCGAUUUGCAAACGCAAAUUUAUUGUAUAUGUUUUGACACAGCUAAGUGAUGUACUUUGCAUUGAUUUCUUCUUACAUAACGAUAUAAAUGUCCAAACGACAACGAUACCUAUCAUUAUAAUAUAUCAAAGAUCUUGAUACUUUUAUAAACGAUGUACAGUAGAGUCUUCCUAAUUUUAAUCUAAAUUUUGAUUACCCUAUGAUAUGAUAAUUAAGAGCGGAAGCCUAAAAUUAUGGAAUAUCCUCACCACAGCAGCCUGUUAAUCGCUACGCAGUUGCGCACGCUAACAAUAAACUGUCAAAUUAUGUGUAUAUAUAUAUAUUUGUAUAUAUAUACGUAUAUCACAUAGUAGAGCCGCCCAUUACGAUAUGAAAGGGGCACAUUAGUGCCUAUAAAAUAUGCAAAGAUUAGAGAAAUUAAAUUUAAUGAGACUCUACUGUAUUGUACUAAUCGUAACAUUGUAAUAAUAUCUAAGCUCACUACAUUGAUAUCUAAAUUUGCUAUGCAAUUUUUUUAUCAUACUAUUGCCUUAAUAUUAUAGACGUGUUAAGGUUUAAAGUCAUAUUGUGAAGGACAAAUAUUGUUGAUGGCAUUGUAAUAACGGUUUUGUAAAUACUUUACAGCAGUUUCUAAAUUUAACAUAAUUUUCUAAAAUAUUUUUUUAAUAUGUAUAUGUACAUAUAUAUGUAUAUAUAUAUAUAUAUAUAUAUAUAUAUAUAUAUAUAUUAAAUUUUUAUCUAAAACUUGUUUCUAUUAAACCAAAUUUGUGAACAAAUUUCUGUAUAAAUAUUAUACAAAAA